GCGCGGUGAUGCCAGUAGAACCUGCGCUUUCCCCAUCUCUUCCUUCGACUGGUACCUCUACUUUACUUGCUGUCGGCACGAUUCGCAAUGGUAGAUCAGUUGCCACAAGAACUAAUCGAUCGGAUCAGCCGUUGUCUUCCCACCCAAGACUUGAAGAAUACUUUACUACUAUCUCAUGCGUUCCGUUUUUCUGCUGAGAAGUACUCUGGCGCAUUUACAAGUUUCGACUUUGAUAAAGAUACUGCGGAGAGGUUCCUGAGUAUCUACUCUGGUCAUCGGCUUUUGUAUCUACGAGACUUACGAUGCGCCAUCCGCCUCCCCCCUCCUGCUGAUAGUGCGCGUCGCGACAACGCGGAUCAAUUGCGUAAGCAUGACAUGAGCUUCACUGAACAAAUCACACUAUUGUUCAAGACUGUAAAAUCGGUUGAAGAGCGUGCAGGAAAUCAUGGACCUGGAAAAAUUCGACUCGCGAUAAGCCCUCUUUUGCGACCGAUUUUUCGCGAACUUUCACUCUCAUAUCAUGAUCAUUUAAGCUGGCGGAUCCACUUGUUGGACCCUGAAGCGCUUCCAAUACUCAACUCAAUCCGCUCGUUGGAAGUAGGAGAUGACUGGGGUGGGUCGUCCAGCGUGGAUGAUGCGGACCACGAUCAGGCGCACGUGAAACUGGACUGCCGUGCAAUGGUAGAUCUCGUCGUCAAAUUACCAAAUCUUGAGUACUGGGGCUGUCGCAUUGGAGGCGAUGAAUGGUCUCCAAAGACAGAGCAGGAGGCGACAAGGUAUCUCACACAGGAUUGGGCUGGACCACGUCGGGACACGAGACAAGAUUUUGCAAGAGCUCUCCUCUCUGCACGUCUGCCGAAAUCACUUCAGCGCGUUCGUCUAGACUUCCUAUAUAACCAGGAUCAAAGUACGUACAUCGAUCAUCUCACGCCACAGCCUGAUCUAGUGAGUCCCGCGCCCAACGAUCUUUUCAGCACUAGUCUACACCAGCUCUCGCACCAUCUCCGACGGCUUCGCCUUUGCGUAGUUGCAGAUGAGACGCUCUUCUGCCCCAAAGAUAGUUGUAGUCCACCAUGGCCGAAUCUCGAGAGUCUAGUUGUCAUGUUCCACAUGGUCGCCCCGUCAGGGAAGUGGUAUUUCGUAGGACCGAAUGGCGAAGGGCGCGACACGGCUGUCAUCAAGAUCACGGAUGCUGCAUAUCCCCCCUUGGAAACAACGCCCUACGAUGAAGAAAUGAUCGAGCAGAUCGAGGACGAGGGUGAUUGGCGAUACAGGGGAAGCCCAAAUACCCGUUGCCGAAUUGUUCCAAACCACGCAACUCUACGCCCGUUCCUUGCAGCUUUUGCCAAGGCGGUGCUGAAAAUGAAAGCUCUCCAAGAAGCAGUGCUAUGGUGCCCUCUUGUGUGGGCUGCAUACAACGAAGAUGGCGAAGAGCUGGAGACCGACUGUGUCUUGGAAAACGGUCCAGACAAGAACAAGCUUGCCUGGGGGGUGCAUUAUCAAGCAUUGAACGAGCGUACCUCCACUCGGCAGGGUGAGUCCACUCCUGCAGACGACCCUCUUCUCUGGUGGAAGGUCGGCAAGUGGCGACCGGACCCCGAGCUUCAUCAGCUGUUUCGUCAAUUUGGAUGUUCGUCGAGCUGUGACGGUGUGAAGGAGCAAUGGGAAGACGAGGACUAUGGAGACAGAUUGGUUGAUCGCGACUACUUUGAACGUUGUGUGCAAGAAGAGGUUGACAAGGUGGGUCAUAUUCUGCCGCCGAAUUAAUCAUCAACGAUCCUCAAAGAGCUCUUGAGAUCAUGUAUAGCCAGCAAUGGAAGUCAGGCAAAACAAGAUUAUCGAAAACGGCGCAACAUCGACGCAUGACCAAGAGGCUGCAGCAAAGAUUGUCACUUGGGGCGGUAAUCAAUGGGCUAGCUUUGAUGACGCGGAAACGCUCAAGACUAAAUUGGAUUGCGCAAAUCAGAGGUGUUUAGGAGGGUAAGGCCAUCGACCUUGACGAUGGUUCCUUAUUGAGCGCUUUAAUAUCGGUGAGCACCAAGAAGAAGGAGGAGAUCCUGCCCGAGGCAGACUUCGACACGCCAGAUUUCGGGACUUCUUGGGAUUUUAUUCCAAAGGCGAAAGAUGCGCAGAAACGAG